AUGCAAAGGUUUGGUACGACGCCUGUGGUGACGACUAUUCGCAAACUCAAAGAGAUCCAAUACAGCGGCAACUUCGAAGAGGUAGUUGAACGGUUUUCCAGUGUGCUGGCGGAAGGGGAAGAACCGCCAGAAGAGACUCCUAAAGAGUUGUUCUUGUCAAGAUUCCCCUACGACAUGGUAAAGAGGGUGUUGAAACAUGAGUUUGCUUCUUGGGUAGAGAUCUGGGAGCAGAUGCUAGCCGAGAGGGCCCUUGUCGCAAACCGAGCAGCGACUUGGUACGAGUAUACGACAGAAAAGUUCAGACGAGAAGUGGAGGGACGUGACGAGCUGAUCAGACAAGGCUGGUUACUGAAUAGCAAACAGGGCAAGAGGCAAACACACGUCAAGGGAUGGAAUUCAGAUCGAACGAUGCAGCAAACCAACGAAAGGGGCACAUAA